AUUUUUAAACACAGUGUUGUCAAUGAAGCAUUUUUCGAACUUCAGUUUAAGACACUGAGAGCUCUCCUGUUGGCCACUGCUGUCUACUGCUGCCUCAACCUCUCUCUGACAAGGAGAUGAGGAGGGGGGAGGAGAGAGAGGCUGGGUAAAGCUGUGUGUGUGUGUGCGUGUGUGUGUGUGAGAGAGAGAGAGAUAGAGAGAGAGAGGGAGGGAGGGUUGGCUCUAGUGUGAUGUGAAUGGAAUAGAAUCAACGCGAGAGGGAGAAAGAGGGAGGAGGACAGCACAAAUCAACCUGCCUCUUGACUUGAACAACAGAAUAGAGGAGCCGGUAGACACAGAGAUCAGGGAAGUGUGCGCUCUCUGUGUGUGUGGCUGCGUGUGUUGUGUUUCUUUUAUUUUUGGACAGAGGAAGAGAACGGCAGACAGGAGGAACUGAAGGAGGAGGAGAAGGAGCCUCACCGUGGAGAUAGAUAGCAGAAAAAUGCUGUCAUGGGGAGACAAGGGGAGGGAGUCGGCAGAGAGGAACAGGAUGAAACAAGGCAGGGUCGAGCGGAGCUGAAAUGUGGAGGUGGCCAGUGGAUGAGACCAAAAGGGAAGCUGCAGGCACAGAAGAGUGCAGACAAAUGGAUGCCAUGUUUGAAGGGUCAAUAAAGGCAGAGCCUCUCCUACACAGAGGGCGGAGAGUUGGGCUCUAGUGAUGAUCCUCUCAUCCUCACUCCACAGGAAGGAGCCCCCCGUAAUUGGUGUACCACCAAAACACACAUCUGCACACCCGGACCAUUCCCUGCAACGAGAAACAGUUGCACACUCUCCUCAUCAGGACUUCAUUUACACUCAAGAACUCAGUGACUUGUGAUAACACAGCGUGGCUCAAGGGUUGAGAAAGUUCAACCAUCUUAAGUGGUGUAAAUGAGGAGUAUAUUUGUUGCUUUCACUCAGUGGGUUUUCACACCAGCACCAUAGACGCCAGGACAGAAAUAUAACUGGGAGAGCAGAAAGCUCUUGACCAGAUCGGUUUCUCAGGCACCAUGCAGUCAGACGACCUCUUCAUCCGCAAAUUUCGCCGUCAGAAUGUGCGGCCUCCUAUUGCCGCUGUCAACUUUGACCCCAAACGCGAAGCAGGUGUAGUGGAGUGGCCGCCCAGGAGGGACAGUGAUGGAGCUGAUGGAGACAGCCUCACUCCAAGCCGUGUGGGGCUGACACUGCGGUCGAUGGGCCGAGGCCACAUCAUGCAGAGAAGUAACAGCGAUGUAACUUUGGGAGACUUGGACUCCUCCGGGAAGGCAGGAGGCAAAGUUUCACGGGUGGUUGGUGAAAAGGCGGGUGCAGGGGCACAGGGGGACUCGGGUGUGCUAAUACACAGGGAAUAUGGCAGCCUGUCAUCACUGGAAAGACAGACUCAGGCUCAAGAGCCAAGUUCAGAUGACCAGGGGCCCCUGAGUCCAAAUGCUCUCCGCUUCAAAGACCCUCUCCUGUUUUUAGGUCUGCCGGGCAACCUUUCAGAGCCUGAUGGCUUUUUUCGGAGUCUGUCUGCUUCCACAGGAGACUCCCCAAAACCGGCCAAGCCGCCAAAGCCUGAAGGUCUAGGUAAGAAGUCCAAACCUGUGCACGCUCAUAUCCCUCAACCUGGCCCAUAUGAUAACCUCGGUGGUGGAGCCUGGGUGAGGAGCUUUGCUCACUAUGAUGUUCAGAGCAUCCUGUUUGACCUCACCGAGGCGGCCACAAACAGAGACAGCAUUGGACGUAAAAAGAAUAUCACCUCAGGGGCUUCAGCCGCCUCCCAGCUACGCCCGCUCUCCCAGGCCACCCCGUCCUCACCUGCACCCGGCAACGGGGGGAUUGCAGAUGACCCUGAGCAAUCACUACUGCUGGACGAAGGUGAUGGCAAUGAUAAUGAGCUGCUUCUCAGCUGCCCCCACUUUCGCAAUGAGACGGGGGGAGAAGAGCAGGUCGGACUGGGUCGAUCCCAGGGCAGGCGGGGGCUCUUGUCAAGCCUGCGAACACCCAAUGACGCAGUGUCGGUCCUAGAGGAGCCCAGAGAGAGUCAUGUCCAACAGCAGGGCAAGAGCAACUACUUUAUAGAGCAUGCAGAUCUAGGAGCCCAUUACUAUCGCAAAUAUUUCUACAUGAAAGAACAUCAGAAUUUCUUUGGCAUGGAUGAUCGCCUUGGUCCUGUGGCCAUCAGUUUCCGUAGAGAGGAGAAGGAAGCAUCCAGUGGAGCUCAGUACAAUUACAGAAUCAUCUUUCGCACCACAGAGAUGAAGACACUGCGAGGUUCCAUCUUGGAGGAGUCUGUGCCCUCCGCCGCUCGUCACACAACCCCGAGGGGCUUAUCUCCCAAGAGGCUGCUGGAGUUCAUCAUGCCUGAACUGAACCUGCACUGCCUCCGCUUGGCCUCAAACUCACCCAAGGUCCGGGACACCCUGCUGAAGCUGGAUGAACAGGGGCUGAAUUUCCAGAGAAAGGUUGGAGUGAUGUACUGCCGGGCUGGCCAGAGCUCAGAGGAAGACAUGUACAAUAAUGAGAGUUCAGGGCCGGCGUUUGAGGAAUUCCUGGAUCUGCUUGGGGAGCGGGUGCGGCUGAAGGGCUGGGAGAAAUACCGAGCUCAACUGGACAACAAGACGGACUCAACAGGGACACAUUCCCUCUAUACACGCUAUCAGGACUACGAAAUUAUGUUUCACGUGUCCACUAUGCUGCCCUAUACAGCCAACAACACGCAACAGUUGUUGAGAAAACGGCACAUUGGUAAUGACAUCGUGACCAUCGUGUUCCAGGAACCGGGCGCUCAGCCCUUCACUCCAAAGUCCAUCCGCUCCCACUUCCAACAUGUCUUCAUCAUCAUUCAGGUUCAUGAGCCCUGCACGGAAAACACCUAUUACAGGGUGGCUGUAACACGCUCUAAAGACAUGCCAUUAUUUGGCCCACUAUUCCCUAAGGGUGCCCGCUUCCCUCGCUCACCUGCCUUUAGAGACUUCCUCUUGGCGAAGGCAGUGAACGCUGAAAACGCUGCAGAGAAGUCAGAGAAGUUCCGCUCCAUGGCCACCCGCACAAGGCAGGAAUACUUGAAGGACCUGGCCGAAAACUAUGUGACCACAACACCCAUCGACUCCUCUACCAAGUUCCCCCUGCUCUCUCUGGGAGGCAAGCGCAAAGACAAGCUGAAAGGCGCCAAGGGGGCUGAGCUGCACAGUGCUGGGGCUUUGGUGUGGGCUGUGAUGGUGAACAGCGGGUAUGAUGCAGAGGCAGGAGAGCACAAGCUGCCCUGUCUGCUCGGGGUGUCGGCUGAGUCGGUGGUGCUCAUUGAAAGGUACACACGGAGGGUGGUGUUUAACUGCUCCUGCCGGGAUGUCAUUGGUUGGAAGGCAGUCACAGAGACUAAAGAGGGGGGGCCAUGCUUGGAUAUCUUCUAUGAGCGCGGUGAGUCGGUGUCAAUCAGUGUGAUGGAGAACCAAUCGGAUAUAAAUCAGGAUAUAAAAGAGGUGGUGCAGAGGCUUGAGCUGGUUACACGGGGCUGUGAGGCUCUGGAGAUCACCCCUCUGCGUGACGGAGUGGGGCAACCCGGCUUCCUGAUGAACGAAGAAGGCUUUGUAACAGAUCUGCAGCGAUUCGGCUACGCUGAGAGCGGAGGUCUACAGCUGUCGGCUCGUGUGGUGAGGCUGUGCGGACACUCCUUGGUUCAUCUCAGCCCUGAUGAGAGGACCAAGCUGCUUCGCACUGCGCACAAGAUCCACAUCACCGUCAUCCCACCGGAUGAGAACGGCAAGCCUCGCAGGAGUUUCUCUGAGCUGUACCAGAAAGCCAUCAAGGAUGCGGAGUGUAAGCCUGGCGAGGAUCAGUCUGGAGAGGCCUGGGUGCUGGAUGAGAGGGAAGAAGAGGAAGAGGAGGAGGAGGACAACGAGCUGAAGGCGGGUGGAGUCAAUGAAGCGGACAUGAUGGAGGUGCAGGUGGAGGGCGGAGAGGUCGAGGAGCAGUCGUCUGAUAAAGGGCAAAGUGAGAGAAGUGAUGGCUCACUCCUCACACUGCCCAGCUUACCUUUGUUACGGGCCACUUCUCUGCAGGACCAACCAGCCAAUCAGAGCCAGGAGGACAUCACCUUGCAGCUGGCACGCAGCUGCUCUUUAGAGAGACAGCCGUCUUAUGGAGAUACAUGUGAUGGGCACGUGUACGACAACGUGGGGUUGAAGGUGGAGCGCCACAUCUAUGAGAAUGUCGGGGAGCUGCGAGACGCCACACCUGAUCUAAUCCUGGCUGUUAAACCCAAGGUUCCCCUGGAGGACGAACAGUUCAUGGGAGCUGAGUUUGGCGAUGACAAAGCUUCAGCAAGUGACUCCUCUAUCUCAACUUCCCGGUUGUCAUGCGUAGACCGAGAUGAAAGAAAUUCACGAGCCCUGAGUCUUCAUAACUCCAUCACCAAGAUCCUCUCAGAGACACAGUCAGAUUCGACUGAAGAGGAGUGGCAGUCCAUCGCUGACCUGGCCACAGCCUGCCGCAACAUCCUGGAGGCUUUGUCACGAGAAGACCGCAAAGCUGGAGACUCUUCCCAAGCAGGAGGUGACCAGACAGAUGGCAAGCUGAAAGACUCAAAGGACAGUGACUCUCCAGGCCACCUAGAAGAGAAGGUGUCGCAGCUGGAGGCCAUGCUGAAGAAGCUGCAGGAUGACCUGCAAAAGGAGAAAGAGGACAAGGCGGUGCUGCAGGCCGAGGUGCAGAGCCUCAGGCAGAACAACCAGCGGCUGCAGGAGGAGUCGCAGAGCACAGUGGCCCGCCUCAUCAAAGUCACCGAGCUGCUGUGCAACGUCAACAAGCCCUGUUAGCCUCCCUGCUGCACGCACAGACACACCAAUCAGUAGAAAGAUGCUAAUCGUACAUUGUGCUUGUACACUUAGUACACCUAUUUUGUCCAUUCAUAUUUGAAAACACACACACACACGCACACACACACACUCACACACACACACCCACAAAUCCUCAAUCUGUGUAUUACCACAGUCUCAGUCCUGAACCCUGGACCUGCCUGUUGAUGAGGGAGUAUGCAAAUUAACUCAUAAAAAAGAAAAUAAUGACAUUUUAAACAUCCUAUGACCCUCACAGACUGACCAACAAGCGGCUCUCAGGCUUCUGUGUUGGUGUGCUAUGCCAGAGUGCUUCUCUUGGUGUGUGUAUGAUAAUGCGUGUGGGUGUGUGCCGCAUGUGUGCGUGUGUUUGCGUGCGUGUGUAUACUGUAUGUGUGCAUCUCUUACUGUAUUUUGCUUCAAAUACUUGACAAGCUGGGCUGAAUAGCACUUGCAUAAAGAGUGGCAAUUAAGACUGAGAGACACUGUAUAGCAUGUUUGGUGGUGUCUUAUCUGAAAUGACCAAAAGUGUAUAUAUAUAUCACCAGUAAUAUAUGUGAACAGUAGUAUUGCUAUCCUCUCUGCCAGGCGUGUAGUUGCAAUGUCUGCGUGUGGCACUGAUAGUGUGGAAGGCCUUGACGUAAAACACAAAAAGAAAAAAGGGGGGGGGGGGGGGGUCUUAACAAUGACAGGCCUGCAGGCAGCCUUUUACUUCAAAAGAUGUAAUGAUUCUAACUGACUUGACUCAGAGGAAGGUCUGUUACGUAAGGACAUCACUCUGCCCUCUUCACUUCUCAGUAGUACUGUAUUUAAGAAAUUCUGGAGUUUUUAGGGGGAGAUGAUUUUUAAAACCCUGUGAAUGAAAGGGAUGUGAACUGGAAAUGUUUUUUGGUUUUUGGUUUUUUUAAAAGACCUGAGCAUGCUUGUUCCUCCUGGAAGUAUGUGUGAAAACAGAAACUGAAAUGGGUUAUACCUCUCCUGAAGAAACAGACAAUGGCAGGAAAGAACUGCUUCGGCUUCCUUCCAUGAUUGCCUGUAGCAGUUUUCUUCUAACCUCACUAUUGUAGCAGCCAUACUGUAGAAGUUCUCCUCCUGCUGGCCUGAACCACAAAAUGCCAAAAGGCAGCUUUUCUUUCAGCUGGCAAAAUAGCUUUAGGUGAAUAAGACACCUUGAACAAAUAGUGAAAAAUACAGAAUAUUGUAUUUAAAUAUGUUUUGUGUUUGGCGGAUGUCUACAGUGACUAUUUUGGGUAAUUGUUUAGUAUGGCUUAUGAAUGGUAGCGGUAAGGACAAUAGGUGAAAUCUUACCAUUCCCACCAUGAUGUGUGUUUGUGUAUGUUUAUGUGUCGUUAUUGCACUUUUUUUUGUCAAAUCAGCACUGGACAGGGCACAUACUGUACUUUAUUUAACCUGCCCGGGUUAUACCCUGCUCAACAUAAGAAGGUGGAUAAGAUCUCAUCCCCCCGACACCACCUUACCUCACCUUUUUGUGUCUGCUGCUGACGGCGCCAAUAAGAACAUGUGUUCAGAGGAGAUGGACUGCUUCUCCUCAGUGCCAACGAAAAAGCCCAGGCAGCUCUCCUGAAUCCCACUGAAAUUAAACAGAACUGACCCAACCACAAACUAUAAACUCUGAACUCUGACAUAAACGGAUGCCAAACGUUCGCCAGUCAUUCAGACUCUCAAUGCUCUUGUUUCUUGUACAAACUUCCUCUUGUAAUUUUAUUUUAGAGUCACUGUGAAUACCUGGUACCAGCAUAUUAAGAUACAGUAUAUACAGAUUAAAUUAUGAAUCUAAACUUUAUCAGUAUGUGAAGAUACUGUAUGUACAGCUCAAUUGUUCCAUGUUACUUAGUGCAUUGGGUCGUGUACACCCUCCUUUUGCAGGAUGAUUAUGCAGACAAGUGUUAAUCGUUGCCAUGCAGGCUCUUUCGUCUCCUGUACAUGCUGAAGCCUCAUGAGAUAACAGGGAGAAGCAUGGUGUGAGAAGACCUGUUUUACUGUGUCUUGUAUAGUUAUUUAGAUUGUAGGAGGUUGGUCAAGCAUGAGAAUGUGCCAAGCAACAUCCAAGCUCCCCUUCUCUAUGUGUGUAUGUAUAAAAAUGUAACUUAUUAAUCAUGCAAAUGUGGAUCUUCUUGUAGCUGUUUAAACUGGAGGGAAUUUGCAAGGAGAAAAUGUGAAAUAGAUCAGAAAGGAAAAGUGAGCUUGGUUAUACAUUUUAGUUUCUUUUGUAGAAAACCAACAACCAUGAUAUGACAAAAUACUAUCUGCAAAUCUCGCUCAAUGUGACUAUGGUUCUUAUUAUCACUCUAGUACUGAGCUAUAACUGUAGCUCUCACAUAUUUAAUAACGUCUUAAACACCAUUAGGUACGCCUUAAUGAGUGAACCUUUCAGAAUGGAUGCUCAAACUGUUGUUAUGUGAAGGCUUAUUUCUCUGACUUUGUGCCUACCUGAAAAUGUAAUGUAUGUUAACCCAGCUUAGUGAUCUCAUUUCUUUGUCUUUUGGUUGCACUGGAUGAGGGUUUUUUUUGUGUGUGGCAUGAUGAAGGAUUUCUAAGAGACCAUCACAACAUCUGGUUUUUCAUCUGCCGUAUUAGGGAACGUCAUCGGGUGACACAUAAAACAACAGAUAGUAAAAGAUGUGUGUUAUUUGGUCUCGAGCAUUGCUGAAAGUUUACAGCUCAAUGAGUACCACCGAUUGUUAAAAGUCAACUGACAAAUAUAUGAUUUUUAAAAAGUUAAUUAAAAGGAAAAAAGGUGCUUAACAUGAGUGAUGAUGCAUUGAAAUCAAGUUUAAAUUGACAUGAAUGUGUUGAGUGACGUAUGCUUCCCGUAAGGGAUGAUUAUUUUGGUAUUUAAAUAUGUAAAAAUAAAUUGUCUCAGAAAUCGA